AUGAGGAUCUUCCAGGCUGAAUACCUCGCUGUUGCUCUCUCUGUCUUUACAGGAGCUGCCUCCGCUUCCGACUUUCAGAACCACACCUAUGACUAUAUCGUGGUAGGUGGUGGCCCUUCUGGUAUCAUCAGCGCCGAGAAGUUCGCCCAGGCCGGAAAGAAAGUUCUGCUCCUUGAGCGAGGAGUCGGACCAACUGUGGCCACCGGUAAUAAUGAGACCCUGCCAUGGAACCACUCGUUGACGCCCAUCGAUCUUCCGGGACUGUCAGCCAACAUCGGCUCGCUCGAUGUCUGGAACCAGUAUAUGUGCACCGACACUGCUGGUAAUGCUGCCUGUGUGCUCGGCGGUGGUGUAACCGUCAACUACAUGGUCUUCGUUCACCCGCCAGCCCGUGACUUCGACGACAAAUGGCCCAAGGGCUGGAAGUGGAAGGAUGUAGAGCCGGCUGCGGACCGACUCUACAAGCGCAACCCUGGAACCACCUUGCCCUCUGCGGACGGCAAGCGAUAUGACCAGGGUCUUUAUGGUGUGCUGUCCAAGUUCCUCGGUGGCCUUGGUUGGAAGUCAGUGGAUAUGAUAACCGAACCAAACGAGAAGCACCAGGUCUACAGUUACCCGUCUUGGAACGUACAGAAUCAGAUGCGUGCUGGCCCUGUUCGCACCUAUCUUCCCGAUGCGAUGAAGCUAGACAACUUCCAUCUUUCCCUCCAAACCAAAGUGAUUCGCUUGGUUCGUUCCAGUAGUAAGGUCACUGGCGUUGAGAUUCAGACUGCUUCGGGUCGCUCCGAGAUCAUCACCGUUGCUCCCCACGGUCGCGUGGUGCUGGCUGCUGGCGCUCUGUCUACACCGCGUCUGUUGUGGAAUUCCGGUAUUGGUGGUAAUGCCCAAAUUGAGAUUGCAAAGAAGAGCGGCGUUGCAAUUCCCCCCAAGGCUCAGUGGAUCAAUCUGCCUGUUGGUGUUGGUCUCAAGGACCACCCGAUUUUCCCGAUUAUCUUCAACACCAAUGCCUCAUUUGGUCUCGUCGACUACGAGGGAGUACUUAAUGGAACCGACUCUCACGAUAUCUCCCUCUACCGCAAGCGCAGCGGUGUCCUGACCCAGGGCAAGCACCGCAUGAUCUUCUUCACUUCGGAGGAGAUUGAUGGCCACACUCAGUACUACCAGGGCUCGUGCGCGCCUACUGACGAGGGCGUGGUAACUGUCACCACGUACAUGACUCAUGGCCUCACUUCGUCCGGUGUUCUGGGGCUUGAUGCCAGCGGAAAGACUGUCAUUGAAAAGUCGCCCUACCUUCAGACCGCUGCUGACCGGAAGGCCGCUCGAACUUUUAUUCACAAGAUGGUCAAGGAGAUCACCGCUCCCUCCACCGGGUUUGAGCUCGAGACUUACACCAAUGUUUCCGCCAUCUUAAAGUCCCAGACUCCUGGUACCCACUACAUCAGCACUGCAAAGAUGGGCACCGACGAUGGCCGUAAGAACGGCACCUCCGUUGUCGAUACCAAUACCAAGGUUUAUGGAGUGGAUAAUUUGUUCAUUGUUGAUGCUAGCAUUCAUCCUGACCUCCCGACUGGUAACAUUCAAACAGCUGUCAUGGUGGUUGCUGAGGCCGCUGCCGUUAAGAUUCUGUCCAACUAA